CUGAAAGAAACAGAUUAUUGAUACUUAUUUAUAUUUUUUCUUUCAAGGAGAAAUAUUGAAUUGUUCGCAAAUAGUGAAGUUAUAUUAUUAUUAUUAUUAUUAAUUUUUUUACUUAUUUGAAAAUUGUACUUGUGCGCGCGUGUGUGAAGUGACAAAUAUGCCAACAUAUGAAAUGCCGCUGUUAUUACGCAUCAUGAAAAAGCCCGAACUGGUAGCAACUUUAAAGAGAGCAACCUCAACGAUAUUCAAUACUGGGGGCUUUAUUAGAAAAAUUGAGAAUUGGGGAGUAAAACCACUUCCAUGCAAAGCCGUAGCUCAUGGACAAGUUCAUAGAGAAGCAAACCAUUUUCUUAUAUAUUUUGAUGUACCACCAAGAGAACUAGAUAAAAUUGUAGAUGAAUGCAACAGAGAUAUUGAUAUUGUUAAAUUACAAGUAUUUAAACAAAUGGAACCAAAGAAAUGGAAUUGUACAUUUCAUGAGGAAAUGUUACCACCACCAUACAGACCUGGUGUUCAGAAAUUGAUGGAAUUGGCAAAGAGGCGCAAUAAUAAUAAAUAUCAAUUUAAAUAUAAUAGUGGGUUAAACUAUUAUCCUUUUAAUAAAUAAUUAUAGAUUUUUUAUUUGUGUAUAUAGU